AUGGUAACGGUGGAAGUGACGUAUGUUGUUGAUCCGGUUCGUGUGACAGAAGCGUGUGGCUGUGACGGCAACAUGGAAGCUUGGGUGGAAAUAGAGAAAGCCGCUUCGGAAAAGAGACGGGAGCUGGUUUUGCAAGGUAAUUCGGUGGACAAAAGGAUCUCCUCAAAUGGCGGACUCCCUGGAUCCAUCUAUUCCCUCGCCCUGUUGAAUUAUUUGGAAGUGAGCCAGUGUCCCAGUUUGACUGAGCUCCAUGUGGACAUCCAGAAGCUAACCCACCUCCAGAGUCUGAUCCUGUGCAGGAACAAACUCUCAUCUGUGCCGAAUGUUAUCGGAUCUCUCAGGGCCUUGAAAGUCCUCGAUCUUUCUGUCAACAACUUGAAGGCUUUACCGGAGGAAGUCGCCCAACUUGCGGAGCUGACCACUCUGAAUGUGAGCUGCAAUAAGCUCGAAGCUCUGCCUGAUGGACUGAGCAAUUGCCACAAGUUGUCCACCAUCAACAUUUCCAAAAACAAUAUCGCAAGUCUCCCCGCGGACAUCUGCUCAGAGAAACUGGACCUACUCAGCAGCCUGGUGGCUUCUGACAACUCCAUUGAGGAGCUAAGUGGAGAUGUCAGCUCGCUUGGAGCCCUUAAGGUUCUGGAUCUGUCAAAUAACAAGCUGAAAGAAAUUCCCAUUGAGCUCGCCGACUGUCCGAAACUAAAAGAAAUCAACUUUAAAGGCAACAAGUUAAAUGACAAGCGGCUGGAAAAGAUGGUCAAUGGCUGCCAGACCAAGUCCAUCCUUGACUACAUCCGAGGGAAAGGAAGGGAGAAGCAGGGGGCCGGGAAGGUUGACAUGGAUAAGAAAAAACGGCAAGGUAAAAAGAAGGAUAAGCAACCAGAGGAGAAGGAGGAGGAUGACGUGGAAGACUUAAACAAGAUGAUCGUGAGAGUUCUUCAUGUGUCGGACUCCCCUGCAACUCUGACGGUCACAGUCGGAGCAGAUGUGAAGGAUGUACGACCCUAUUUGGUCUGCUGUGUGGUCAGAGGCUUCAACCUGAAGCCAGGGAAUGCCCUGAAGCGCUUCCUGGUUGCCCAAACCAAACUUCACGACGAGAUCUGCUGUAAGCGGACCACAGCCACCAUUGCAAGCCAUGAUAUGCAGCUUCUCAAGGGUCCUCUGGUGUAUGACGUCAAACCCCCCACAAAGCUGAAGGUUGUGCCACUGGGUCGCAAGGAGAUGACGGCAGUAGAGCUGAUACGACUGCUUCAGUUAGAAGCAGAUGAGCUGAGGAAGCAGAAGAAAAGGCAAAAUGUGACUGGCCUCCAUAAGUAUCUCCAGCUCCUACAGGGAAAGCCCUUCUAUCCAUGCCUUGUGGAUGCAGAAGGAGAUGUCGUUUCAUUCCCACCUAUAACCAACAGCGAGAAGACCAAGAUAAGAAAGACAACUAAAGAGAUCUUCUUGGAGGUGACCAGUGCGACCAGUUUGCAGACCUGCAAGGAUGUAAUGGACACUCUGAUCGAAAAAAUGGCCGAGUUGAACAAGUUCACAGCUGAGCAUCGGGAGGAGGAGGGUUCAGACGGGGAGGGGGGUGCACUCCAAGGUGGGACGAGCCCUUGUCAGACCUCCAGUGAGCUGAUCAUCCAGCAAGUCCGAACUGUGGACCAGGAUGGCAACCUGAAAGUUGCCUACCCGUCAAAGACUGAUCUGUCGAAGGUUAUGAGCAACGUGACUGUUAUUUGGUAGUGGUGCGUACAUGACUAAAUCCGUGGAACUAAAUACACAGUACUAGGUCUCGCCUUCAACUAUUGCAAUGCUUUUUUUUUCUCAAUUUUUGGGGAAAUCUGAAGGAAGACAAAAGCGUUCAUAAAGAUUUUCUUUUUAUUUCAUCACACUUUACACUUCACUUUUUAGAAGACGUGUCCUUAUAUGGAUGCGUUGGAUACAAUGUUCUGUACUGUACUUGAGGAGAAAAGAAGGAGUUACGGAGUCUCGGCUCGACCUGUUAACGGAACUGUAAAAGAGCAACAUGUCAGCACUUUUUCUGUCCAACUUUGUAUUGUCACUGAGAAUGUUGCAGUAGUGGCUAGAAUGACUUACAUUCACAUCUGUAAGACACUUCCAGGUACUUAUACGUACCCACGCAGGGGUCACCGAACACUGAGUUGAGUGCUUGAAGAGUGCAUCUGUUUUUACCAUUGCACCUGGACAUGUGACAGGAUUAUUUCAUUUCAAUUUCCAUCCGAAGUGAAGUCAUAGUUAGGCCACUUUUUAAACAAAUACUCAAACUAAAAUUACUAUAAUCUGACUACAAUCACAUGACUUGGAAUUAUUGGCAUGUCCAGACAAACUAAAUAUACUUUCCAUUGUAUUUAUGAUCCUUGAUGUUCAUCAAUAGCUCUCACCUUUCGGCGGCUCUGGUUGGAUUCACGCAGUUGUUGUUUUGUAUUUGUUGGAUUGGUCGCUCCGCAAUGCAAGUCGUCCUGUCACGGCGCCCGUAGUCGGCACCGUAGAUGAAAAUGACUUGCCCUGGACCUGAGAAACAAGAGAAGGAGUUCUUGAUCCAAGCUCAUGAAUCCUGUAUAGUUUGUGGUCAUCUCACCACAGAACAACUCCACAGCAGAGCGCUCACAGGCAAUGGCACGAACUGUAAAACAUAGGUUAGAAUUCAGGCUUUUUUUUUUUCCUCAGCUUUGGUGCGAUCUUAAGUAUGAGACUGACUUGCUGGGAAGCAGGUGUAGUUGGUAUCAGCGUAUUUAAAGGUGCCGCGGCAGGGAUCAGGCAGAGGGAGUCUUGAGUUCACCUCGCAGACAGUCUUGCCAUCGCAUCUGUCGGAAGAAGAUUCAUUUAAGAAACUAAAGCGCAGUGUUUCAGUAAUAUAUUGGCCAUGUUUGUAAUGAAGCUUUUGUCAUGUAUGAGGGAUAUUACGGAGGCAUCAGGUGCUUCAGCUACCCCCUAUCCACUCUUUUAUUGAAACCUGGGAAAUAAAGAAAGCUCCUGCUUUGACUUGGCUACAGAUCAGAGGUGAAUAAACGUACCUUCUCUUUACAAAGUCCUGGGCACCUGCCGCAGAGCAGUGCGUGUUGGCCAGCUCCCGUGGAGGUCUGCCCUGGCCGCAGGUUUCUCUGUCCGUACGUCCAUACAAGGUUGACUCUACGACAAUGACUCCGACAUCUGCCGAGGUGACAUCACAGUCAAUCACCAAUUUAACAAAUAAAAUCUGCAUGUUAGCUAUGAUUCACAUUUGCCUUAAAAUGUCAAAUAUACAGUACUAGGAGAAGUCUCACCACAGGUCAGGCGAUGAACGUUCCCUUCACAUGUAGUUAUUCUUUCAGCAGCGGUAUCUUAGAGGGGAAAUAACCAGGUCGGCAUAAGGUUGCAUGUGAACGGACAGAUUGUUUUCUCUUACCUUUCAUGAGGUAGCACGCUGCAGUGAGCGCUAAAAUGGAAAAAUCAUAGCAAUGACGUCAAUAACAUUCACAUUAAUGUCAUGAAAUUGUAAUACAUUUUGUUGUUAUUUAAUAAAAAAGACAUGGUAAAUGUGUGAAAUACUUACAAAGCAGAAUGCAGAGUUUGAAACCAGCCAUGCUUCCUGUCUUGAACAAUGUCCACUCCUCUGAGGACGAAUGCCAGGAUUUAUAUAUGCUACCGAAGGCUUCCUUGUGUGUCGCAUUCGGAUGCAAUUGGCUGCUUUUUGACAAAUACUUUCUCAAUGAGUUGUGAAACCGUUCUCUCGAACCUGGGCCAAAUGACGGUCAAAGCUUUUGUUCUGGGAUGUUUGUGUCUCACGUGAACUGUAAACUGGUUUUCAAUGUUUGCUCUUUAAAGCACAUUGGAAUUCACCUGUCAUCGUGCACCUGAAGACUGACAGCUCUGGUGUGACCUCUAUGAACACAAUGUCUAAGUUUAAACAUUUUUUUCCAAUAAAUUAAAAUUAAUAAAAUUUAUUUUGUAUUGUUUUUUUUCUCUCACAUUUUUUUCCCUAACAGAAACACUUAACAGGAUGUGCAUAUCAGAUUUAAAAUGUAUAUCAGGUAUUUGUGUGCUUGGGAGGUUUUCAUAACAUUAGAUAUCCUUUUUUGGGAAAUUCAACAUGCAGCCUGAGUUGUCAGUUCCAAAAACAAAAUUCACAUUCUGUACAUGUCGACGUACUAGUGGAGUCCAUUUAAAUGUGUUUCCAGUUGGGGUCAGCAGCAUGAAGGUUGUCUCGGAAAAGCACUUAAGCAAUAACGGCAGGGAGUGACAUUUUUCUUGCCGACUUCCUGGAACAGUGGGCGACAGCUCUCAACAGCUAUUUUUUGUCUGGAAACUUCCUUACCAUCAUUGUAAAACUGUGUGUUUCCUGGAGCCACCGUAAAGAUGAAAUGUAUUUCAAAUACACACCCUGGCAUUUACUCAUGAAACUGUGUCACAGUCAUUCACGAAGCUACUCUGUAAAUGGUGAUUUAUUUAAUGGUGAUUCCAGCUCUUGAAUGACUCACUGCAGUUACAACGCUAUUGAUAGUUAAAUUACCGUGUCAUAAAAAGCAUUUUGUUUGCAA